UGUCAAACAAAGACAGGGAGAGAGAGCCUGCCUACUGAAUGGAGGGACUGUCACGCCUGUUUGUUUCCCACAGUCAACAUUACAUCAACAGCUCUAGUGAGGACAGGACCUACCUUACCUGGUUUCCCUACUGAGGGUGAGGACAGGACCUACCUUACCUGGUUUCCUUACUGAGGGUGAGGACAGGACCUACCUUACCUGGUUUCCUUACUGAGGGUGAGGACAGGACCUAACUUACCUGGUUUCCUUACUGAGGGUGAGGACAGAACCUAAUUUACCUGGUUUCCCUACUGAGGGAUGAUUGACACCUUAUACGAGUGGAUCUGGUGGGACCGCUUCUGGCUGCCAGUCAACCUGACCUGGGCGGACCUAGAGGACCGAGAUGGGCGUGUCUACGCCAAAGCCUCUGACCUCUAUGUGACGUUGCCUUACGCCAUAGGCUUCCUACUGGUCAGAUACCUGUUCGAAAGCUUGAUAGCCACGCCUCUAGCAGCCUCAGUGGGGAUCCGGGAGAAGGCCAGACUGAGAGUACCAGACAACCCCAUCCUCGAACUCUACUAUCUCUCUCACUCCAGAAACCCUGGCCAGGCAGAUAUAGAUGGUCUGUCUAAGAAGAGCGGCUGGUGCGUUAGGCAGGUGGAGCGCUGGUUCAGAAAGAGAAGAAACCAGGAUCGUCCCGGAGUACUGAAGAAGUUCAGAGAGGCUAGUUGGAGGUUUGUGUUCUAUCUGUUGGCGUUAAUUGGAGGAGUUGUGUCCCUGUAUGAUAAAGAAUGGUUUUAUGAUACGUGGGAAGUGUGGAAUGGAUUUCCAAAACAGACUAUGCUGGAUUCUCAGUACUGGUACUACAUCCUGGAGAUGAGCUUCUAUGGUUCGCUUCUCUUCAGAGUCACUUUUGAUGUCAAGAGGAAGGACUUUAAGGAACAGAUCAUCCACCAUUUGGCCACCCUGACGCUGCUGUCCUUCUCUUGGUGUGUCAACUACAUCCGUAUAGGAACCCUGGUGAUGCUCAUCCACGAUGCCUCCGACGUCCUGCUCGAGUCUGCCAAGUUGUUUAACUACGCCAAAUGGGAGAGAACCUGCAACAGUCUCUUUGUGGUGUUUGCCAUUGUGUUCAUGGUAACCCGACUGGUCAUCUUCCCAUUCUGGCUGAUCCACUGUACGUGGGUGUACCCCACACUCCAGUACCCCCCAUUCUUUGGUUACUACUUCUUCAACGUCAUGCUGGUGGUCCUCCUGUUCCUGCACAUCUUCUGGGCCUACCUCAUCCUGCGCAUGGUCAAGAAGUUCCUCUUCGGCAAAAUGACCAGAGAUGAAAGAAGUGAUGAUGAGGAGGAUGGUGACGAAAGCAGUCUGACUGAAGAGGAAAAAGAGGAGGACAGUUAUCGUUACGGCAACGGUUCUGGACUGGGCACAAAGAAGGGCAACAACGGCUGCUUCAGACACUUAUCUCUCCCGGAGAACGUCUGCCCAUCAAAAACCGUCUACUGACCAAGCUCGCGUCGUGAUUGGCAGAGCCCUGCACCAGAGGCAGGGAGUGGUGGGAUCGAGGUCAUAGGAGAAGCUGGAACAACACAAAACAGAUUCCAUCCCAUAUGGAAAAACAACAGCAAGCAGACAAACAUUUAGAUUAAGAUUUAUGACUCUAGAAUUUGGAAUGUAGCCUGGCAAAAAAUAAAUACUUUACACACAGAAAGAGA